AUGCCCAACGGAGGUUGUGGAUGCUGCGGUAGAAGUAACUACUCCGUGUGCUGCUACAGCACCAAGAAGUCGUGCUGCAAGACGCAGUCGUGCUGCCCGCCCAUGCAGUACUGCUGCCCCAGCCCCUGCUGCAUGCCCAUGCAGUACUGCUGCUACAGCAUGAACAACAACAGAGGCUGCUGCGGCAGCCACACGGGGGGCUUUGCCUACCCCACUACCAACAACAUGCCCAACGGAGGUUGUGGAUGCGGCCAUGGAAGUAACUACUCCGUGUGCUGCUACAGCAGCCCCAAGUGCUGCAAGACGCAGUCGUGCUGCCCGCCCAUGCAGUACUGCUGCCCCAGCCCCUGCUGCAUGCCCAUGCA